GCUAGUCACCUCCAUCUGCCUCAGUUUCUCAAUUGUAACAUGAGAAUAAAUAGAGCACCUACCUCCCAGAGAUGUUGUGAAGAUGAUAUAAUCUAAAUAUGUCUCUUGGCGUAGUGCCUGGCACAAAGUAGGAGCUUAACCCUUUCUUUGUUACAAAGUAGGAUUUAGUGAGAAGUGACUAUGAUGUAAAAAAGGAAAGGUAUCAAUAAAUUAAAAAAAAUAAAUGAAAUUGAAUCAUUGAUUUUGCAGUGGAGAGACUGCUGGAUUCAGUCACAAUAUUUGGGCGCAAAGUCUCACUCAAUCAGUUAUUAUGCAGGUCAUUUAACCUCCCUUACUCUCAGUUUCCUCAAGUGUAAAUUGGGAGGCUAGACAUGAGGAUAUUCACUGUCAUUUUCAGUUCUCCAUCUAUCGUCCUGUGAAAAAAUAAAUAAUCUCUAACGUCCUUUGUGACUCCCCUACACUGUAAUAAUGUGAACUAUUUUCUAAAAAAGCAAGCAAAAUGAUCCCUGGAGAGAUGUCAAAACAGACUCAAGGUUAUUUGAGGGUUUGUUUGGGUGUUUUUCAAGCCAAAGAGAUCAGAGUGGUGUUUAACUUGAAGUAUUACGGUUUGCUAAUGUCAGUUGUGCAGACGGUCUGUGUUGUUGCUCAAGGAGGAAUUCAGUAACGAGCCAACAGAUAUAGUAGGAUAUUUACUCUCGUUAGAGUGUUCAAGGAAUGCUUCUUUGGGACUCGAGCCGUCGGGAAGUUGUUGUCCGAGAGCCGAGUCCUAUGCCGCCCGCUCCGCGGUCUCUCAACGUGCGCGCCUCCUCCCCCAGGGUCUGGGGGAAUUCUUUGGAGAGCAAAUCAGGAAAUUACUUAUCAUUCGGAACCAGUGGAGAGUUAUGAGUGCUUGCUUGCUGACACGAAGGGCUUUUGAACCAAAACGUCUGCACGCACUAUAAUUUAAAGGCUUCAGAUACUGGAAGGUCUUGGGAUCCAUAGCCAAAGAUGUUUGUCUUGCUCUAUGUUACAAGUUUUGUCAUCUGGGCAAGUGGACAACCUCGGGGUAAUCAGUUCAAAGGAGAAAGUCACUCCCCGAGGUAUAUCUGUAGUAUACCUGGCUUGCCUGGACCUCCUGGUCCCCCAGGAGCUAAUGGAUCACCUGGGCCACACGGGCGUAUUGGCCUUCCAGGAAGAGAUGGUAGAGAUGGCAGGAAAGGUGAAAAAGGUGAAAAGGGGACCGCAGGUUUAAGAGGCAAGGCUGGACCUAUAGGACCAACUGGAGAGAAGGGGGACCAAGGAGAGACUGGGAAAAAGGGGCCCAUAGGACCGGCCGGAGACAAAGGAGAUGUCGGUCCGGUGGGAUUUCCUGGACCAAAGGGAGACCGAGGAGACCAGGGUGAUCGAGGGGCUCCUGGGGUCUGCAGGUGUGGGGGCAUCGUGCUCAAAUCUGCCUUUUCUGUCGGCAUCACCACCAGUUACCCAGAAGAAAGAUUACCCAUCGUGUUCAACAAGGUCCUUUUCAAUGAAGGGGAGCACUACAAUCCCUCAACGGGAAAGUUCAUCUGUGCGUUUCCAGGAAUCUAUUACUUCUCUUAUGACAUCACAUUAGCCAAUAAACAUCUGGCCAUUGGGCUGGUCCAUAACGGACAAUUCAAGAUAAAAACUUUCGAUGCUAACACGGGGAACCACGAUGUUGCCUCUGGCUCCACGGUGAUCUACCUUCAACCAGAAGAUGAAGUCUGGCUGGAGAUCUUCUUUACAGACCAAAAUGGCCUUUUCUCAGAUCCAAGUUGGGCAGACAGUUUAUUUUCUGGCUUUCUCUUAUAUGUUGACACCGAUUACCUUGACUCCUUAUCCGAGGAGGAGGACUUAUGAAAGUGACUAAAAAUCUGGAAAUUUCCCUCCCUCAUUAUGCAAACUGAGAUAAAAUCUCAUCUGGGAGCAAAAGCUGGUAGAACAGCACUGCCAUGAAAUGAAGGAACUACUAAAGAAAACCACGGAUGUUUGCAAUAAAAUCCAGUGAAGGAAGAGGCUGUACCAAACAGCUGGGACCACACAGAAUGAAUUAUGUAAAACAAUAACCCCAGAUAUGAAUUCCCUUGAAAGCAAUGUUCAUAAAUAUUUAAACAAAUUAAAGAUAAUGUCAACAAAUUUUAUAUUAAAUACAUUGAGUGAUAAAACCAG